AGCUGACGAGUGCAAAACACCUUGGCGCAAUAAAUUGUCGUAAACAAAAACAUCCAAACAAACAAAUAAUAAAAUUAAACAAGUCUCAAAAUUACAUUGCAAGUCACAUACUUGUCUGAAGUUCUAUCGUCGCUGCAGCGAUAAGACCAAAUACUUACGACUUUCAGUGUCACUGCAAUUCCUCGCAUUCACUCACUUGCAUUUUAUUUUCCAUUUUUUUCCCUCAUGUAUGUGUCUAAUCAAUUAGCAUAGUCUAUUGAACGAACUUCAGCCAUAAAUCUAGUUCAGUUAUUUUGCAGUUGUUCGCGGGAGAACAAGUAUAAAUUUUAAUAACAAAAAAAAAAAAAAAAUUGUGAAUAAAAAUGAAAAGUUGGAUGAUAUUGUUUGCCCUACUUUACGCGGUAAACGGUCAAACGCAAGUACCCGGAGUGUGUCCAUCGCAUGUCGUUCAAUCAAAUUUCAAUUUGACUGCGUAUGUCGGAAAAUGGUACGAAAAUAAGCGAUAUGCUAAUAGUUUUCAGAACUCGGGGGAUUGUGUGACUGCUCAAUAUACCAUUAAUCCGGAUAAUGCAACUGUGCGCGUUGUUAACGAGAUGGUUAUUCUCCCGGAUACGAAAAAUGUUCUCAGUAUUAAUGGAACAGCUAAAUUACAGUCGACAACACCUCCGAUCGAUGGAAGGUUGUUAGUUAACUUUUUCGGGAAUUGGUCUGAUUAUUGGGUUUUGAACACGGAUUAUAAUAAUUAUGCUGUUGUUUGGUCUUGUUCUAAUGUGGGAAAUAAUUCCAUGCAAUCUGCUUGGAUUUUAACUCGAGAAAGAAGACCAUCUGCUGAUAUUUUGAACAAAGUAAACUCAUUAAUGCCAGUUUUUCGUUUAAAUGAAACUCUCUUCCGUCAAACUGAACAAUCAAAGAAGAUUUGUAUGAAAAAUGGAGCUCCAGUUAUGAAAAUAGUUUCACCUAUAGUACUCUCAUUGAUGGUUGGGCUAUUUUGGUAUUCGACAAGACGAUAAACUGUAACAAUAGAUCGCGAAACAAUAAAUUGCCUCGCUCACGUGCAGUUUUUGUGUUAAUAAUAAUAAAUGGAAUGACGUCGUAAA